AUGUCUUUUCUUUGUUUUACAGACAACAAUUCUGCAGUAACAGACAGUGAGAGGAGACAUGAGGAACCAGAAAAUUCAGGCCCCUCCGCAAACCCACCUGAGGAUCCAUCUGACAUGACAACGUUUGAGUUUGAAAUGAGCACACCUGCUGGAAAUGUUAAUGAGCUGGAGCUGAUACAGGUGAUGGAGGACUCUGAUGAUGUCAAACAGGGCACCAUUAAAAUUGAAGACGAUCCUGAUUCACUUACAUUAGAGCCUCCUUCAUCAAAUCUAGCUGUAGCAUCUUCAUCCAACUCCAUGCAAGAGUUACCGCAGAUCUCCUCACCUUCAAUGCGGGAGAGUGAUGGCGAUGCUUUGCUGGCCUUGGCGCCACCUGUUAGUAGUGACUCUGGGUUCAGCAGGACUAUCGAGAGCCCUGAUAAAGUGCACCGCUGCAACAUUUGUGGCCGAGGAUUCAGACGUUUCUACUGCUUGAAAACACACCAGCGCAUACACACAGGAGAGCGCCCGUAUCCUUGCAGAUACUGCGAGAAACGCUUCCGCCAUUUGGACAGCUUACACAAGCACCAGCGCAUUCACACGGGAGAGAGACCGUACCGCUGUGCUGAGUGCGGAUGCUGCUUCAGAGAACUUGGUCAACUCAAAAAGCACAGACUCAAACACUCGCCCACAUUUGUUUCUGUUGCCAAUCCCACCUUCCCUCUCCUUCCAGCCGGACCCUCCUAUGUCUGGCCACAUCUCAACACACAGUCUUUGGAUUCAGUCUAAGCAUGUGAUGGUAUUUUCAAAGCAUGGUAAUUGUGGAAACUUGGUAUACGGUAUUACAGCAGUAUUGAACUAUGUUACAAAAACAGAUUGAAAAGAUAAACUCGUCCUCUUAAUAACAAAUGGAAUAACUCUUCAAAUCAGGGACAUUAAAAUACAAUAAAACAACACAAUUCAAAUGUAUAAAGUUAACAAAUGUUUCAAACAGAAUAAAGUGCUAAAGAACACAACUAUAAGGAACAAUAAUAAAGAAUUAAAA